UUUCCUGAAGGGCGCGACACUAACGAACAAGUUUGGACUCUCACCCCCGAGUGCCCCAAAACAUCCCAAAAGGAGUCGCUCGCUCAUCUCUUCUUCCCCUAACAUUAUCAGAAUGAAUAUUAUUUAUUAAUACCGAGAUUGUCAUCAACGAUAUGCUUGGUAAUUUAAAAGUAAAUAAUAAUUCAAGAUAAUAAAAUCCUAAAUAAAGAAAAAUGGCAAACACGGCUCACUUGGUACGCAGACAAAGUUCUCGGGACUUGAAGCCCCAAAAAAGCGUGGAUCGGCUUGAGAUGAAAGAAAUGCGAGGUAGAUUGGUGGUCGACAGUCGGAAAAAUCCGACCACUAAUUAUGGAACUACCAAUCCGGGCUUCGACGACUCGAGCCCCAGCACCAAGGCCAAGAAACCAAAUGCGGCCGCUCACGUCAGCGUGAAUGUAAGCAGUAGCAUUGUUGAAAGUACUGCGCCGAAAAUGCCAACCGGCAGUACAGAGGGCAAAGGGAUAUUUCGUCCUGAGGCGGGCGAAGAUGAGCGAGAAAAUUGGGAUAGCAAAUUAACAUUCCUGCUGGCUACUGUUGGUUAUGCCGUCGGAUUGGGAAACGUUUGGAGAUUUCCAUAUCUUGCGCAAAAAAACGGGGGUGGAGCGUUUUUGAUACCUUAUUUUGUUAUGCUGGCCAUUGAAGGGAUUCCCAUUUUCUACUUGGAGCUGGCUAUCGGACAGAGAUUGAGAAAAGGAGCCAUUGGAGUCUGGAAUCAGGUUUCACCAUAUCUAGGAGGAAUAGGAAUUAGCAGCGCAGUUGUUUCUUUCAAUGUCGCGCUUUAUUACAACACAAUAAUUGCCUGGUGCCUUUUCUAUUUUGUUCAAAGUUUUCAAUCUGAAUUACCAUGGUCAGAAUGUCCGAAUAAAUAUUUUCAAAAUGGAUCAUACGCUCUAGAACCUGAAUGUCAAGAAAGCAGCCCUACACAAUAUUUUUGGUAUCGUACAACACUAAUGAUAUCAAAAGACAUAAAUACCCCAGAAGUGUUCAAUUGGAAAAUAGCUUUGGCACUCGUUAUCGCUUGGAUUUUAGUUUACAUGUGUAUGAUCAAAGGAAUAGCUUCAUCUGGAAAAGUCGUUUACGUGACAGCGACAUUUCCGUACCUCGUUUUGAUAAUUUUCUUCUUCCGUGGUGUAACCUUACCAGGAAUGUCCGACGGCCUACGUCACCUGUUCACCCCAAAGUGGUAUACGCUGACGGAUCCUGUUGUCUGGCUCGAAGCAGGAACGCAAAUAUUUUUCUCCCUCGGUCUAGCUUUCGGUGGUUUAAUCGCAUUCUCCUCUUACAAUCCAGUCAAUAAUAACUGCUACCGCGAUGCAAUUAUGGUCAGUUUGACGAAUUGUUUCACAUCGAUGUUCGCUGGAAUCGUGGUAUUUUCAGUUAUCGGUUUUAAAGCGACGAUGGUUUAUGAACAAUGCUUGGUGGAUAGAAAUUCAACUUUGAUCAGUAUAUUUGGACAUCCUGAGAGAUUCCCAGAUGAAAUUCCACCGGCCGGUACAUUAUUAAAUUUCACAAAUGGAAAUAAUAGUGUUGACAAUAUAAUAAUGCCUGAAAUUCCGGAAUGUGAUCUUCAAAAAGAAUUGGAUAAUUCAGCAUCAGGAACAGGUUUGGCUUUUAUUAUUUUCACCGAGGCAAUAAAUCAAUUCCCAGGAGCCCAAUUCUGGUCAGUUUUAUUUUUCCUCAUGCUUUUUACACUCGGUAUUGAUUCGCAAUUUGGGACAUUGGAGGGCGUCGUAACGAGCAUCGUCGACAUGAAACUUUUUCCCAAUCUCAGAAAAGAAAUUCUUACUGGUGCAAUAUGUUUAGUAUGCUGUAUAAUUUCUAUGGCAUUUGCUCACGGUGCCGGAAGUUACGUGUUUGUAUUAUUCGAUAACUUCAGUGGUAAUUUUCCAUUAUUAAUAAUUGCCUUUUUCGAGUGCAUUGGAGUCUCUUACGUCUACGGAUUGAGACGAUUUGCUGACGACAUUGAAUUGAUGACUGGAAAUAGACCAGGACUUUAUUGGUUAAUUUGCUGGAAGUACUUGAGCCCGUUGGCGAUGCUAACGAUUUUGGUGGCCUCGUUUGUCGAAAUAAUAUGCGAAGGAAGUGGAUACCAGACCUGGGUGCCUAAUAAAGGCUCUACCGAGAGACAAGAGUGGCCGACUUGGGCCCUAGUUUUAAUAUUUAUUCUUAUACUGGCGUCGGUCCUCUGGAUACCAGCGGUGGCCAUUUUCCGAUCAUUCGGAAUCCCGAUAAUCGACGAUAAUGAGAAAGCCUGGUUCCCUGCAGAAGAUCUUAAAGAAUUCCACGGGAUUGUUCCCCAUGAGGUGACUGCUGCCGAGAAACUGUUGUUCUGUAUCAGACCUGACGGCUCAGAAGGGCUGUGCUGCCCUACAGGUGGCCUCAACGAUGACGACGAUGAUAUAGAUAACGGUAACUUGACCUAGAACAAUAAUAUUAUUUAACAAUCUGAAAGAAUCAGCAACAGUAACAUCAACAUCGCAUUUAAUGACAAUACCCAUACUUUUAAACGAAGAUAACAAUUAAAGUACUUGAUACCAUCGUUAUUCGUAUGUAAAGCAUUUCAUAUAUAUCUCAUGUUUAUAUUUUAUUAUUAAUAUACAUUUUAUUAAUCUUAUUAUUAAUUGUUUUUCGGUUUAUAAACGAUCGUAAAGUUAACCGUGUCAAUUACGCUAUUAUAUCAAUAGAUAUUAAAUUAAUAUAUUUAAAAAUAGUACAGUUGCAUAUUAUCUUGUUAGAUCGGAUUUUAAUUAGUUAAGUUUAUAAUAUUUAAUGCUAAUAGCUAUUAUUAAAAGUAAUUAUUAUAUUGACGCAGAUAUCAAAUAAUAUAUCAUAUGGAAAAUUUGCAUAUCGAAGCUCUCGCCUAUAUAUUUAAAGUUUCUCAUGGAAAAAAAUUUUAUUAUUUUUUUUAUUGAGAUUAUUCAAUUAAAAUUAAUCAU